CCUGACUCAAGCUAUUACAGCCUAACAGCAGUGACCAAUAGAAAGGGGAGAUCCAAGAAAGCUGAGGCAAAUGAUGACUCUAAAAGUCUGUCCAAGUCUUUUGCUAUUAUUCAUAGUCCAUUCUGUGUGGACUCGAACUGUGAGACAAGUUUAUAGUGAACUGGAUCCUGAGCAUUGGUCUCACUACACUUUUGAGUGCCCACAAGAGUGUUUUUGUCCUCCUAGCUUCCCCAAUGCAUUAUACUGUGAUAACAAGGGACUUAAAGAAAUACCUGCAAUCCCAGCAAGAAUUUGGUACCUCUAUCUUCAAAACAACCUGAUUGAAACAAUUUCAGAGAAGCCUUUUGUUAACGCCACUCAUUUGAGAUGGAUAAAUCUGAACAAGAAUAAAAUUACCAACAGUGGAAUUGAGAGUGGUGUGCUCAGCAAGCUGAAAAGGCUUUUGUACUUAUUCCUUGAAGACAAUGAGUUGGAAGAGGUGCCAGCUCCAUUACCUGUGGGCUUGGAACAGCUAAGGCUGGCUAGAAACAAAAUCUCGAGAAUCCCAGAAGGAGUCUUCAGCAAUUUGGAAAAUCUCACUAUGUUAGAUCUGCACCAAAAUAAUUUGUUGGACAGCGCUCUUCAAAGUGACACCUUCCAAGGACUCAACAGUCUUAUGCAACUCAACAUAGCGAAAAAUUCCCUCAAAAAGAUGCCUUUAAGCAUUCCAGCUAACACACUGCAGCUGUUUUUAGACAACAACUCCAUUGAAGUUAUCCCAGAAAACUACUUCAGUGCAAUACCCAAAGUGACUUUCCUUAGGCUGAACUACAAUAAAUUAUCUGAUGAUGGCAUUCCCCCAAAUGGGUUUAAUGUUUCAUCUAUUCUAGACCUACAGCUGUCUCAUAACCAGCUCACUAAAAUUCCACCAAUCAAUGCUCAUCUCGAGCACCUUCACCUUGAUCACAACAGAAUCAAAAGUGUCAAUGGUACUCAGAUAUGCCCAGUCUCAAUUGCUGUAGCAGAAGACUACGGUCUUUAUGGUAACAUCCCCCGCCUUCGUUAUCUUCGCUUGGAUGGAAAUGAAAUUCAGCCUCCAAUUCCUUUGGACAUCAUGAUCUGUUUCCAGCUACUUCAGGCUGUUGUCAUAUAAA